AAACCUGUCUGUACAAUGCACAUUUUUGUGUAUGGUAUAAUAUUGGAAGUUACAUGAGUAACUACAAUAUGCAGUGGUAACCGAGCAGAUGUCCUAUUCUUUUAUUAGCAUGUUGGCUAAGUAGCGGCUAACAACGGUCACUGCAACUGGGUCCUGCUAUGUUUUGACAAAGCGUUAGCCUAGCUUGGCUAAAGUUAGCUGCUCUCCUUCAACAGGGGACAUCGAAUAUUCCCUGGCAAUAAGAAGCCAAACAGCUGCCGCGACGAUAAUAGUUCAUUUUCGCAGUGACGUGUGCUGGGCUUUGCAUAUUAGUUAGUUGUAAGAAAUUGUGUAAUGUUAUAGUCGCCCUCAAAAUUGCCAGAUAGCCCGUGGUUCCGAUCGUCUACCACAUCUUUUGUUGUUGCUUUGUCUUUUGAGCACAUGGCUUUCCAUGUUUUUGUUCAUGCAGACACAGCGACUCCUAUUUAUUUUGUCCUCGAGUAUACCCCGUAAAUUACUAAACACUUGUGAAUACUCUACAUUUGGGCGUUUCUGUUAUACUCUACACAUGUAACGGGUUAAGACAAUCAGAGGCAACAUACAGGUGCCUCCAUUGUAAGGUUUCCUUUCCCAGAGUGUGACUCGUCUGCAGGACGUCACCAAUGCGACCAUGGGAAAUAGCAGUAAAUAGGCUGCCAUCAACAGCCCCCUUAAACCCUAGGAGGUUCCUUGGAGAGCCCUGCAACGCCCCAGUGCAUCUCAGGAGAAGUCCACCAGUGAGACGCCAGUGGGGGCGACGAGACAGACCUGUACUGCACACUUCCCUGGUCCAGGAUGAGAAUUUCCAUCAUCUGCUUUUCUCUCACCAUCACCAACAGGUUCCUUUAGAUGAGUCCAGACAAUACAGCCACACCAGCACACCACCACGCAUGCUUCACCCUGCUGCUCACCUGCCACAGCAGAGCCCCAUCAUGGUGGAUCUCCAUGACCAGAUGCACCAGGGAUCCGUUCCAAUAUCAUACACUGUUACGACGGUGACGACCCACGGAUUUCCCAUCCACACUGGGCAGCCCCUUCCAGGGUGCAACACUCAGCAGCUCCCAGCAUGCUCGGUAAUGUUCAGCGGACAGCUCUCUCUGCUCUGCUGCCUUCCUCCUCCUCUCAUACAGGCAUGCACCAUGCAGCAUAUGCCAGUGUCUUAUCAAGCCUUUCCCCCACUGAUCUCCAGCGAACAUUUUGUAUUGCACCCAACCCCAUCUGUACCCCCCCACCAGCCGCCGCACCUUACUCCUUUGAGCCAGUUUGUCCCUUUACAGCCUCAGCACCCACGCAUGCCUCUACAGAGGGUAGACAAUGAAGUUGACCUAAGAGGGGACCAGCACCCAUUAGGGACCUUCUCCUACCCUCCCUCUCAUCACCCACCAGCACUGCCUCCUUCUCUGCCCCUACAGUAUCUUCCUCAAGAGCCUCUGCAUCAGGAGCUUCCCUUCGGAGUGAAUUUCAUGAUGAUUUCCUUUCCUCAGCCAUAUCCCCACAUGUUUCCUCGGCGAGUGAGUGGACAGAGAUACCGGUUGCAGCAGCCGCUUCCUCCUCCUCCACCCCCUCCAUCUUACUACCCAGGCUUCCUCCCUUACUUCCUAUCAAUGCUUCCUGUGCCUCCAACAGCAGUGGGCCCAGCCAUCAGCCUAGACCUGGAUGUAGACGAUGUGGAGAUGGAGAAUUAUGAGGCAUUACUAAAUCUGGCCGAGAGGUUAGGGGAAGCAAAGCCGCGUGGACUCACAAAAGCAGAUAUAGAGCAACUUCCGUCCUACAGAUUCAACCCAGAGAAUCAUCUGUCUGAGCAAACUCUGUGUGUUGUGUGCUUUAGUGACUUUGAGUGUAGGCAGCUACUUCGAGUAUUACCUUGUAACCAUGAAUUCCACGCCAAAUGUGUGGAUAAAUGGUUAAAGACCAAUCGUACUUGUCCUAUCUGCCGAGCCGAUGCCUCGGACGUACACCGCGAGGUGGAGUGAGAACUGUCUCUGAGUGCUGAACUGGAAAGCUGCACACACCAGAGGCUGACCCAAAAACUGGGGACACCUGCCACCUAACCUGCGUCCUCCAGUAAAUAUAGCUUAUCAACCCACUAUUCCUGCCCCCUUUCCUAAAUAAUAAGCAAUCCAGGAUUGUUUCUGGAGCCUGUUGUACCUCUGCUGUGCUUCAUUGUCCAAGUCUCACGAAACCCACUGCCUAUUGCAGCCUAUAGCCAGAGUUCUGGGAUUGCCAGCCAGUUCUUUCUCCACCCCCUCGUUGCAGAGUCCAAAGAUUUUCCAUACAAUGCAUUAUUUGCUGCUUUUGUUUACAGGGUUUCAUUUUUAUUUAGUGGAAUUGGUUGUGGUGUUCUUGAAUAGUGGAGAGUCCUGCAUUGGAAGAGGUGAGUCAGGAGCCUGGAGGAUGAUAGGCUGGACACCUUGUGCAAUUAGCAGAAAAAAAUAAUAGGAAUACUUCAACAUGAGUAUCUGUGUUUGGAGGCAACGUCUGACCAUCAUAGAUGCAUGUUUGUGUAGGUGUUUGGGCAAAGUGACUUGUUAAUAAUGUAUGUUCUGCAAUAAUGUAUUGAUAAUUUCAACAGUUUUACCCCUUGUUUGUUUUAGAUGUUGCCAAUGCUAUUGUGAAAGUGUGAUGUGCUGUGGUUAAAUGCGGAUUCUGUUAAGCCUGAGGUUAUGGACUGCAAGUGAUGGGACAUGCAACCACGGGGUGUCUUCUACCCCAGAUAAUCCACUCUGGAACACAGAUCUGUACAAAAAGCAGUCACAGAACAGUGGGCUGCGUCUUUCCGAGGUCAUCUGGCGUAACUGCACAAGUGCUACAUCCAACCUCCACGUCAGCAUGGUUCCUCUGGCAAGUGCGUACGUGUGUGUGUGUGUGUGUGUGUGUGUGUGUGUCUAUGUUUGUCCUGUUCACAGAGCCAAUGCAUUGUGUAACCACUGGAUACAGGGCAGCAUGCUAGGAUUUGCAUGAACUGUUGAUUCUGACUAGCAAUAUUUUAAUCAAGCAUUGCCACCAAAAUGAUCAAAUUUUAAGAAAAAUGAGACAAAGAUGCAUACUAAAAGAACUGCUUACUUAUUCAGAAAGAGCCAUGAGGGAAGACUAGCAUGUGGUUCCACCAUGACUGCGUUUAAGGAUGGGGAGUCUUCGUCUGAAGGCUUUGCUGAUGCCAUAGAGUUCUGGAGGCCUGUGCAGAAAGCAAUAUGUGCAGUGAGUGGCGAGUUUUAAAAUGAACUUUUUCUUCCCCUUGUAGGAAGACUGGGCUUUUUAUUUCUUUGUUUGUGAGCUAAAUCCAAUAUACAAAUAUAGCCUACUGUUCAAGAUUUCAGCUCUGCCUUCUUAUGACCUUGACAAGCACAAACCUAUUAUUAAUCCUGAGAAUACUUUUGUCAUUUCCACUUGUUUUAAAUGUAUGCUGUUUUUAAAAAAAUGGUUUAUUUAUUGGUUUUAUCUUCUGGAGAAUAUACGUUGAAGGAAACAGUCGGAGCACUAACAAUGUUUGUGUAUGGUAUGUGAUAUACUCUGCUAACUUGGUCAGGUCAUUACCUUAGGCCAUUGUAAUAGUGUUGUAAAAGAGCAACAUGUAUAGCUUCAGUGUGAAUGCUUUUAGAUAAACAUUUGAAGACAGAAGAAUGUUGAAAACCCUUGUAGAAGUCACUGGUGACACUCCACAAUAUGCCAGCUGUCUGUAUCCCACACGAUAAAAACGACACCGAGUUGGAGUGUUUGGUAAUGCAGAAACGCUGUUGAGACUUCAGUUCCCUGCUUGUGCUCUCACUAAGACAACAGGAUACAUUUGGGGUGUGAGGGGAAAAGAACAACAAAUGAACUUCUGUCUUCUAACUGCCCCCCAGUAAGCACUAACAGGCAGUUGUAACCUUUGCUUUUAUGUGUAAAGGGAUCUUGCCUUUUUCUUUACUUUUUUUUCUUAAGUGAAUGUCUUUGACGUGUGUGCCACCUUCAAGAGAAAAGAAGAAGCCAUUUAAUGAGUUAACACCCACAGCUUUGAGAAUUAACCUAUGUGUACAUAUCUAUUCGCUGGCAUAUAUUGUAAGUUUAAAAAAUCACUCAGGGCCUCUCAGUAUAUAAAAAUAGAGAACAGUCCAUUUUAAAUGGAAAAGAUGCCAUGAAAAGGGUAUAUCUGAAUUUAGUUUGGUCGUUUUUCUCAGACCAUAAUUUAAUGUAAUCAAUUAUAAUAUUCUGUUUUGUCUGAAAUAGUAGAUAUUACAUAAUUUAAAGACAGGCAUGCAAGAAAAAAGAUCAGUAAAUAUGUUAUUAAUAUUCACUGAAAAGAGGCAAUGUACACUGCAACCCAUUACAAGUGUGUUAUUCAGACCUGUUUGAAUUUUGUUCUUGUACUCAAACCAUAUGUUGAGACAUAGCGGUUGUGAUCCCAUUUCUUAAAUGUGCCGCCGUGCACACUAUCCUACCUAAUUCACUCCCAGAUCUACUUCAGAGAUGUUUGCAUGACUUAAAAAACAAAAAAAAAAGUAAAACAAGUGUGUUUUAGUGGAGGAUAUCAAAAUCUGGUGGGGACCUUUAUAGUGGUGCACAAUAUGCAUGCUUGUCAACCAGAUCCCAAUUGAUUUUUAGUUCUAGUUGGCUUUGGGUUCUGGGGGUUUGAAUCUUAACGCUCAGCUGAUAACUGCCAUGCAUUGUACUGCACACAUUUGUAACAGAACUGAAUGACUACAAGAUUUUAUUGCGCUAACUUCAUUUUAUAGAAAAGGAAAAAAAAAA